CUGUUCCGUUGCCCAACGAAAUCGGUCCUCAUUUUGAUCGACGGCCAAAUUGGGGUUCCCAGUUUCUCGUCCCAUCUCCUUCUGUCAUCACAGGCAAGAGAACCCGGUGGGAUGGCUCCUGCAAUUGCGGUACACACCGAAGGCGCCGGAAGGCAAGGCCUAGGUCUGAGGAAGGCGGCGCCUGCGUCGGAGGUGGAGGAGCUGAGGCGGCGGAACGCGGAGCUGGAGCGGGAGGUGAGGGAGCGGCGGGCGAGGGAGGAGGAUGUGCGGGCGGAGUUGGAGCGGACGAGGGCGCGGCUGCGGGUGGCGGAGGAGGCAGAGGAGAGCCUGUGCGCGCAGCUGGGAGAGCUGGAGGCGGAGGCCGUCACCGACGCCCGUGCCUGCAACCUCCGCAUCAAGGAGCUCUCCGACCAGCUCGAGCUCGCACGCCGCGCCAUCCUCACCCGAUCCUCUUCCUCUCUUUCCUCGUUCUCCGAUGGAUCGUGAUCCCGCUGUUUUGACGAGGAAAGGAGAGAACCCGAAAGAUUGUUCUAUUUGUCGCCCCCUCCGCAUGACAUAAUGACGCGAGGCUUUCUUCCUUGGUUAUGGAGACACUGAAUCAACCAUUAUAGGAUCAAGCAGAUCAUGGAAGUCCAUGGAGAUGGAAAUCCAAUCCUUACUUGAGAAGCUACUGGAUGUUAAUGAUGUCAUGAGCCGUUGUGCUGCAUCGGCAGACCUACGACUUCACUAAACCAAAAACUACCAAGUACAGAGACAUGCUACACCGAAUCACACAGGAAUUUAAAAGAACUAAAGGGAACUUGGACUCCACAAGUGAGCAUGCUGAACUUCUUGACUCAGUGGUUAUAUCAGUGAAUCCAAGAUGAGCAAUGGUCAAAAUUCUAUAUGACCUAUGCUUUUGUAAUCAGUUGCUUUGUACAGACAUCAGGGACUAUGUCACCCAGGGUAAAUUUGCUACGAGAGAGAGCAGCAAUUCAAGGAAGCAUAAGUCAUAUUGAUGGGGUGAUUGGUCAAAGCACAAUUGACAAUAUCAGUUUUGGGAUCACAAGGGAUUUUACUCGGCGAUGCUCAAGGAAAAGUGAACCAGCUUGGUGACAAAUUUCCUGCGAUACGAGGCCUUAUAUGUGUCCAAGCGGCCUCCUGUCUUGAGAUUCUUGCUGUCAUCUUCAUGUAUGUUUGUUAUACUGGUUGCCUAAUUCUUUGGUGCUUGCAGGUGCCAUGGAAGCGUUCAAAAGAUACCAUUAUCCUCUCUGCAGUCAUUGCAGGCUGCACUCUCUUCCCAAUUGUUUCCUGGCUAUCAAAAUGUUGGCUACAGAUGUUGAUCAGAGUUGCAAAGUGGACCAAUACAUAUGACAUGGCAUACCCUAAUUUUGUGUGUUGAUAUUAAAACAGUAGCAGUCUCGAUUAUUUGCAUCUGUUUCAGAACUCUGUCAGCAACCCAUUGUACGGUGCUGGAAGUAGUUUGCAAUGUGAGUUAAAAGGUAAAACAGAGAAGUAUAUUAGCAGUCAACCAGUUUUGUUCUUCGA